AUGUGUUUAAAUCAUUUCGACUACAUAAUUGACGGAGAAAUAAUAGAAGGUGAUUAAGAUGUCUAGUACCGGCUUUAAGCUACAAUCAAUGGAGAUCCUCAAAAUCCCAAUAACAUCAUUUCUCAAGGAUUUGUUGAUGGUGACAAUAAUCUUCAAGGAUUUUGGUCCUUGAAUGGUUAGGAAUAGAGUAAAGGGGAUAUAAGAAUCAGGAAAGCAAAUAGAGCUGACCUAUCACUUUAGAGACCAGGCCAUACUAGGCUUGAUGAUAAAGAUAUAUAAUGUAUCUGCAAGUUAUAACUAAAGAAUUAUGUGUAAACCAGAUUAAAUAAGACAAUAUCUACUAUUUAUGCCAAUAAAAUGGAACCUAAGAAUCAUGCUCUCUAAUAAUGUGCAAAGAUUGCCAUUGGAAGAUCAAAAGCAAACUUUGCUAGAGCUAUCUUCAGAAAAUUUUUUGAAAACGAAUAGCUAGCUAGGGAGUCUUCUCUAUGUAGAAAAAAUCAUGAUUACAGAUGGUUCGAACUCUACUAUCUCGAUGAAAAUGAUUUAUGGUUUAGGAAGAAGGAAAUCCUUGAGCUCUAUAUACAAAAAGAUCCGUCAGGAAAAGGUUCUUUUCAUGAGAUGAAGGUGUGCUAAUAAAGUAGAUAGAUCUAAUAUAACCAAGCAUCAAACUCAUAUGAGGAAACUUACCUGGUUCAGAAACAUUAAUGGGCGUUUAAAAGAGUUUUAAAGUCAUCUCAUGCAAUAGAAGUUUACAAGGAUAUAAUUAUUCAAUACUUGGCAAGAAGAUUUGCCUAGAAGUUUAUGGAGAUAGUUAAAAGAUUUUAUCCUGAUCAAGAAAUUUAGUUUGAUUUCAUUUAACCAUAUGUUGCUGUGCCUCUUUUUUCUAAUUCUGAUUAGUGCUAUUAUGAAAUUGAAAGCUUUUUAUCAGGUGGUUUUGCUAAAUUUAGCGGACUUAGUAAAGAUGGAAACUUUGAACAUGCUCAAAUGACUGGUGCAUUUACACAUUGGACUGCUUUGGUUUCUGGCGCUGGAUUUAUGAUUACAGAUUUAUAAGGAAUGAGAAUAGAUAAUUUUAAAUUUGUUUUGACUGAUCCUCUAAUGCAUUCAUUUAAGAAAAAUUAGUUUGGUAAAACAGAUCAUGGAUAAGAAGAUGGUAUGACUAAGUGGUUCAAGACACACAAAUGCAAUGAAAUUUGUAAAAAGUUGGGAUUAAAUAAUAAAAGCAUAAAUCAUCUUGAUAUACCAUUGAUUAUGGAGUUUUAGUAGUAUCUCAACAAAUUCAAUAGUAACAGUGAAGGUUUUCAAAAUUAAUUAGAAUUUAUUAUUGAAAAUGUACUCUCACCUAUAGCUUGA